GCUAAUGCUAGUCGCUGUUUUGGAUAUGGCGGCUCUGAUUAGAGGACUGAGAGCUGGAAGGGCCUUGCGGGGUCUCAGCAGCGUUGCAGUUCAAGGCACAGUCAGUCCUCAGUGCAGCAAUGUGAGACGUGGAUUCCAUCGAGCCGUCCUGUUAAGACUGUCCGACAACUCUAAAAGUGACACAUCUGUACCACCUCCAUCCUACCAUGAGGUUCACACAACUGGAGAUAGCUCAUCAUCUUCAGCACAAGGAGAAACUUCAGAAGAUGCCCAGCCAAACACUAGUUUUCAAGAUCAAAGCGGUGAACACGGUGAAGAUUAUGAGACAGAAGAGCAGCUUCAAGCUCGCAUCCUGACCACAGCUCUGGAGUUCGUUCCACAGCAUGGCUGGACAGUGGAGGCCAUCGCCGCUGGUGCCGAGACACUUGGCCUGUCAGCAGCUUCCACUGGGAUGUUUAACAAUGGAGCUGGAGAUCUGGUCCUACAUUUUGUUGCACAGUGUAAUACUCAGCUUGCUGAGACCCUCGCAGAGCAACAUAACCAAGUCCAGCUUGGGCACGCAGAACCAAAGAAAACAGCUGAGUUUCUGAAGGACGCUGUGGAGAUGCGACUGCGCAUGUUGACUCCUUACAUUGACACGUGGCCUCAGGCCAUGAGUAUCCUCCUACUUCCACACAACAUCCCUGACAGCCUGAAGCACCUCACCACCUUAGUGGAUGAUAUCUGGUAUUACGCCGGGGAUCGCUCCACAGAUGUGAACUGGUACACGAGGCGUGCAGCGCUUACAGGCAUCUAUAACACCACAGAGCUGGUGAUGGUGCAGGAUUCAUCUCCUGACUUUGAGGAAACGUGGGCCUUCCUUGAUAAUCGCAUUAAGGAUGUAGUUAACAUUGCUAACACGGCUAAACAGGUGCAAGCAACAGGAGAAGCUGUGGUUCAAGGACUCAUGGGAGCUGCAAUUACGCUGAAGAACCUAACCGGGAUGAACCAGAGACGAUGAGUUUUCGUCUUUCACUAUCUGACCUUUCGGCCAUGCAGCACAAAUGUCCGAUACUUCCCUAGCCUGCUCUAAACCAACUACACAACAUGAAACGAUCACAGUGAAAGUGUGUAUGUCACGAUACUCCCCCAGCACUUUUUAAAUGGGUCAGCUGUGCCAUACCAAAUUCCUCUGUCUGAAUCUUGACCCGAGUCCAACCAGGAGCCAGUUUUCCUUCUGCCAUUGCAGUCUCCUUCUUGUUUUCUGCAUUUGUAAAAAGAAACAAAAAAAGAAAUGUAAAUUGUAUUUGAGAGUUCUAUGUUCAUACAGUUUGUGUCUGACUCUUUGCUGAGUCCUUCAAAAAAGAAAUAAAGGCUUACCUAUUUGCUGAA